GGAGAUGGCUCAGGUCAGGAUACACCUCACAGGGACCUGCAGCAUAGUCCCUCUGGUAGGGUCAUCUGACAGGUAUCUGUUCCUGCCUUGGCUGAGCAAUCUUCAGGCUUCAACGCAAUCCCCAAGCUUCCUAAAAGCCAUAGCCCUUGUUCUCGGGCCAUAGCCUCAGAGGUAGAGGGUAUGUGUAUAACGCUGUAUCUAUAAUCGAUUCUCACACCUUACCUCUCACAGGUGCCGGGACUGUCUUUAAGCUGGCUCUAGGGGAACCAGAACACUUCCCACUCACGGGAAAGGGGUUUGUCCCUUGAUGUUUGAGGGGGAACAGAGGAGAGUCGGAGCAGACCCUGAGGAAAGAACGCGGUGUGGUGCAGAGGCAGGGGACUCCCAGUCUGGCUGCUGGGAAAUGAGAGGCACUGUAGAGCAGCCGCAGACCUUUCCACAAUGUGUGGAUUUUGAGACAGCGUCUCACUGUGUGGCCUCCGCUGCCUUAGAGUUCACUGUAGUCCAGGCUGACCUUGAGUUCACUGUUGCCCAGGCUGCCCUUGAGUUCAUUGUAGCCCAGGCUGGCCUCAGAUUUACAAUCCUCCUGUCUCAGCCUUCCCUCAGUGCUGGGACUACAGGCUCCCACCACCUCACCUGGCCAUUGUUUGUGUCAAGUCGUUUUGUUUCAGUUUCUAAGGCAUUGGGAGGGGAGCCCAGGGCUGUCUGGGAAAACCUCUUCUGCUGAGCUAAGCUCCACUCCACCCUGGAGUAGUCUUGCUCAUAUAACAUUGACUCCUGGGGAAGGAAGAUGGGCAGAGAGGACUUUAUGAUUGCCCACCCUCACAGCCACCAUGUGAAACAAAGACUAUAAUUCCUGUAGAUGAAUGCGAAAACAGCAGUGUGUGUGUGUGUGUGUGUGUGUGUGUGUGUGUCACCCAGCUCUGGAUAGCAGAGCCAAGCAUGGCUUCCCUGCCUUCUCAUCUGAGCCCCUUCCUCUCCAUCCUUCUAUCUGUCUGAUAUAGUGUAUGGCGCUGGACAGUUUAUCUGUACCCCUGGUCCUUGGUUUCCUCUGCUCUAAGAGUGACAGACCAAGUCUGCAACCUCUUACUGAGCAAAGCAAAGCAAAAUCCUAGCCAGACUGUGAGACAGCACCAGGGGCCUCCUCCUGUAGCUGGGGAGAAAAAAGACCCGAAGGCCUAUGGGAAAUGGCAGAGCAAAGAGGCAAUGAUAGGCAAGUUCUCUCUGCACCCACAGCCUCUAUUUGUCCCUUCCCCAGUCCUACCUGGUGCGCACUAUGCACACUUCACAAUGAGAAAGCUGCCCUUUGGAAAGGGACUGUAUUUCCUGAUUCCUCCAAGGUAGUCACCAAGACAGGAUUCGAACUCGGAACUAUAGAUGGUUGUGGUGGCCCAUACCUGUAAUCCCAGUACUUGGGAGGCUAUGGCAGAGGGAUCUUAGAAAGUUCUACCUGUUUUCUAGUCUGCAUAAGUGAGUCCAAGCCAGUCAGGAUUAAAUAGCAAGAUGCUACCUCCAAUAAACCAAACUCAGCAAAGCAAAAUCCCAAAUCAAAGAGCAGCUAGGAUUCUGACUCCUGUGCCCAGUGCUACCUUGAGUGUCAUUCCAGUGUGUGUGUGUGUGUAUGUGUGUGUGUGUGACACUGAGUGACCAGCCUGAUGAUCUGACAUGUGGUUUAUUACCAGUCCUGCCUGCCCUGCACUUAGGCAUUCUCCUUCCCUGGCAGGGAUGGAAAUAGGCCUUUCCGUUCCAUCGGUGUCUUCCCACACCUCAAAGUGCUGCUAGUGGGUGCAAUCCCACAUGUGUAAUUUGUGUGCACGCAGGAUCUGAAGUCACAAAGCUGAGUCACCAGGUCUGCCACCUAUUUACGUAGAAAUGUGUAGUAUGUUUCCCAUUGAGGGGUCUUUCUCUCUCUCUCUUCCUUCCUUCCUUUCUUCCUUCCUUCCUUCCUUCCUUUCUUUCUUUCUUUCUUUCUUUCUCUCUCUCUCUCUUUCUCUCUUUCUUUCUGUCUUUCUCUCUCUCUCUUUCUUUCUUUCCUUCUUUCUUUUUUCCAUCCUUCCUUCCAAUAUUGCCACUCUGUAGCUCAGGCUGGCCUUGAAUUUAUGACCUGCCCAGCUUCCCCCCAAAUCCCCCCAAAGACUAUUCCAGGCCUGUGCUACCAUUUGGGGGUGGGAUGGGGUUCCAAUUAAACUCUAUACCUUCUCUAGGCUGGUUACAAGUACUAAUUGGAACAGUGUGUUAAACCAUUUGCCCAGGGCCCAUCAUCCUUUAAGAAGGGCAGAAUAAAUAAGUGUAUCUGCUGUGGCUUCUAUUACCAUUUCAGAAGGAUAAAAGGCACGUGCUAGUGAUAAAGUCCCAUUCUAUCCAGGUGACAGCCUUUGCAAACACACUCAGGGUAUCGGAAGCCCCGAGACCCAGGUUGGAAUCCCUGGAUUCUUUUGUGUAGAGUUCUGGCCCCUAGCCAUCCCUGACUGUCUACAGAGGAAAAAUUUGGGGUGAUGUCUUUAAUAAAGUCUCUGUCCCAUCUUUCCCCAACUAAGUGUCAGAAGCCCAUGCAGGAGGCAGAUGGGUCAGCAUAGGUCAGGGUUGACUGAGCGUAAAAACAGGGUCAUUUGCAUGACAGCUUAGGUGAAGGAUCUCAGGCCCUUGCUCCUCCAGACCUGACUUUGGGACAAGUUUAAAGCUAGAGGUUAGUUAGAAACAUCUGGGCUAGAGGAACCCAGAGCUGGGCCCAAACAGGCACCUUUCUUGUUUGGGUUGCAAAGUCCAUGUGCCAGGCUGGGUACCAGGCAGAGGGAGCCUGUUUUCUUACCUAUGAAACAAAGACCUAGAGCGAAGCCUGCAGCCCUCUCUAGCUUCUCUGCUUAGCCAAUAUUUUGGGUGGCAUAUGCUGAUGAGAUGUAAAUUUUAUUGCAUAUGCAGAUGACAUGUAAAUCAGCACACAAAUGAACAUCGGUUUCCUGCUGUCAGAACAGAAAAGCAGGGAAGGGAAGGACCAUGGCGCGGGUUUUUCCAGAAGGUUCUCUCUAGUUCAGGUUGCAUGAGGGGAACCCAGAGGAAUCUCACAGAGGAUACAACUCUUAUAGCACCAGUGGUGGGGCCCAUGGAGCACACAAAAUCCCAAGCAAGGAGGCCACAGGGGUGCAGCCUUGCCUGUCAGUACACUGCCCCUUCUAAUUUGCCUUGGUCUCACCUCUACCUCCCCACACCACCCAAAAGGACAGGCUUCCGUGCUCAUGGUUGACGGGAAAGGAGGAAGCUGUUUGGUGAAGCAAGAGACCCAGGCCUGAAGGUCUGGUCUGGGACCAAAAAAAGCCCUCUUUUGUCUUUAGCCACUCUCUGGUCAUCCCUUUCCCAGUGACUGGCAGUGUGGCCCUGGCCAGUGUCUGGCAUGCCGUAGGAAGCUGCCCACCUCGUGUUGGGUUCUCCUUUGGCCUGUCAACCAGCCAACAAAUGCACAUGUAUUAAGUAUCUUCUGUGUGCUGAGGACUAUGCCAGCAUAGGAUGCAAAACGGAAUGGACCAGCUCUGUUUUCAGGGUGUUGAUAUUUGGAUGAGGGAGGGGUGAAAAGAAAAAGAAAGAACAGGGCAAAUAUGAUACGUCAUAAAUGCGAGCUGGGUAAAAGCUUAGGGCACUGAGAGAAGUGGAGACGCUGGAACCAUCUAGUGAGAAGAGCUCUAAGAAGUGUAGGCGCCAAGGCCCUGAGGUAGGAACACAAUCUCUCCUUCUAGGGAUUAGAACGCCAGGAGCUAGUGUGGCUAGAGAGAAGCAAGGGAUGUGUGUGUAAGGCAGAAGAUAGUAUCUUAAAGCCAACUGUGCAUGGGCGGGUGGAGAUGUCACACACCUUUGAUCCCAGCAUUCAGGGGGCAGAAGCAGGUGGAUCUCUGAGUUUAAGGCCAGCCUGGUCUACAGAGUGAGUUCCAGGAGAGCCAAGGCUACUCUGUCUCAAAAAACAUAGUAGUAGUAGUAGUAGUAGUAGUAGUACCAGCAACAGCAGUAAUGCCAACUGUGCCAUGGCACACACCUCUAAUCCUAGCACAUAGGAGAUGGAGGCAGAAGGAUAUCAGGAGUUCAAGGCCAACCAGCUUUGGCUACACAGAGAAUGUGAGCCUAUACUACAUGAAACCCUGUUUCAAAAAAAAAAAAAGAAAGAAAGAAAAGAAAAGAAAAGAAGGAAGGAAAAGAAGCGAAGCAUGUUAGAAAGCUGUCAGCGGCAAUGAGAGGAUGAAGUCAUUUGGCUCUGGGACACGCUGCCCAUCUCUCGGUUCCUAUACACCUUCCUGAGGGUUGGGGCUAAGGAAGUGCAAGGUCAGUAGGGGGCUGUCUCUCCUGGCCUUACUUUGGUUUGAGGACUUUGGUUUAUAGGUAAGAGCCUGCUAUUGGCUGGUUGAGUUUUAAGUGGCUGAAUGUCUCCCCUAGCCAGCAUCGCCUUCCCCUUCCUGUCACCAGCCAGCCUGCCAGGAGACACUUGCUGAGGGAGGCAGUAGGGUCCUCUCAACUCUGGCCUCACCUCAACUACUGGAGGACAGGAUUCCUGCCCCGACUCUCACAGCCAGUUCUCUCAGGCUGCGAUCUGCUUUCCCAAUGUUCCUUGCACUCUCCUCCCAUGCCCCACUUACUCCAACACCAUCCUUCUGGAAAGCUACCUCAGGCAUCUAAGGACCGCAGCUUUCUCCAAGUUCAGCUCUGGCCUUCCUUAGAUUCUCUUCUGGCUCCAUCCGACUCUGCCAAGGAAGCAGUGGAAUGUGCUGGCCUCGGGCCAAGGCUGUGUGUAUUUCAGGCCACAGACAAGCGGAAGGCGCUGGAAGAGACGAUGGCUUUCACCACCCAGGCCCUAGCCAGUGUGGCCUACCAAGUGGGUAACCUGGCCGGGCAUACUCUUCGAAUGCUGGAUCUACAGGGUGCUGCCCUGCGGCAGGUAGAAGCCAAGAUGAGCACACUGGGCCAGAUGGUAAACAUGCAUAUGGAGAAGGUAGCUAGAAGGGAGAUCGGCACUUUGGCCACUGUUGUGCGGCUGCCCUCUAACCAGAAAGUCAUCCCUCCUGAGAGCCUGCCUUCCCUCACUCCCUACCACAGAAAACCCCUCAACUUUGCCUGCUUGGAUGACAUUGGCCACGGAGUCAAGGACUUGAGCACGCAGCUGUCACGGACCGGGACCCUGUCUCGCAAGAGCAUAAAGGCGCCUGCUACACCUGUUUCCGCCACGCUGGGGAGACCACCCCGGAUCCCUGAGCCGGUGCAGCUCCCAGCCGUGCCAGACGGCAAGCUCUCCGCUGCCUCCUCUGCCUCUUCCUUGGCCUCGGCAGGCAGUGCGGAAGGUGCCAGUGGGAUCCCCCAGUCCAAGGGACAGGUAGCGCCUGCAACCCCGCCUCCUCCACCUGUAGCACCUGUAACCCCGCCUCCUCCACCGUUGUCUGCCGAGGUCUUCUUGCCGCCCCCUCCGCUGGAGGUGUCCCAGCCCCCUCUGGAAGCAGAGUUGCCCCUGCCUCCUCCCCCAGCUCUAGAGGGGGAUGAACUGGGGCUGCUGCCUCCGCCCCCACCAGGUUUUGGACCAGAUGAGCCCAGCUGGGUCCCUGCUAGCUACUUGGAGAAAGUGGUGACCCUGUACCCAUACACCCGGCAAAAGGACAAUGAGCUCUCCUUCUCUGAAGGCACCGUCAUCUGUGUCACUCGCCGCUACUCGGAUGGCUGGUGUGAGGGUGUCAGUUCAGAGGGCACUGGAUUCUUCCCAGGGAACUAUGUGGAGCCCAGCUGCUGACAGCCCAGGAUCUAUCCCUGCACCAACCCUGCACUGCCUCGGUGGGCCUCUCGAGCCCCAGGAAGCCAGCUUCCACAGUCAAAGCUGGACUAAGGACCUGUCUACCUCUUGGGCUGUGAACUGUGUUCAGUCCCUGCUCCAUACAGCAGUGGGAAGAGGGUGGGCUAGAGAGGGGUGGUACUCAGGGGGGACUGCUGCAGAUGGCAUAAAGAAUACAAAAACAAACAAACCUAGAAGGCAAGGAGUUUAAGCACCUUGCCCAGAGGACCCCCAGCUCAUGCUCAGAAGAUCGCCAGCUUUGAAUAAAACUGCUGACCUCCUGGUAGUUGCUCCAAAGGGCUAGAAGGCCAGACAGGGAGUGAUGGAAAGGGAACACGGAAGCCCUGCAGUCUGCCCCAGAAGGACUCUCAAUCUCAACCCUCUUUACUCUUCCCAUUAGGCCCCUGACGUCACAAGCAGCCAUUCGCUGGGCUCUUCACGCCCUCACUACUUAAAUAGGACUCCCUGAGAGCAGAGAGCACCUCUCUUUCAUCCCCCCUUCUCACUGUGGCACAAGAGAACAAGUCCCUUUGUCCCCCUUCA